AUGGCAACCCUUGAUGAGACACAAAUUGAUCAGUCAAAUGUUGUUUCUGCCACCCAGACUACAAAUCAGUUGGCAAGUGAUGUUGUUGAUUUAGCAGGAACACAAUUGGGGACAACUACUGAUAGUGAUGAUACAUUUCCAUUAGCUGAUCUUCUCUCACAUGAACCUUUUGCAGGACCAUUUAAGUAUCUUAAGAAAGACAAAGCACCAAAGAUUAGUGCUGCAGAUUCUACAUUGGCCACUCUAAAGGGGAUUAAAGCACUAACGGAAAUAUGUGCUGAAGAUUUUCUCUGUCAAAACGAAAUAGCUGACUUUGGAGUCCUGUGUUUACUUAGACGCCUUUUGUUGGAAGAUGAUUAUGAGCAACUAGCUGCAAUUGAAGCAUAUGAUGCAUCAAAAGCCCUGGAAGCACAGGAUCCAGUGUCAUCUGCCCCUGGUGAGUCAGCUGGGGUUGACACUAUUGGUCCAUCCAAUUUACGAGUUCCUGCUAUUGCUCACAUUCGUAGACACGUAGCUAGGCUUCUAACAGUUCUUUCAGUUCUUCCAAAGGUCCAGAAAGUAAUUGUAGCAGAUGAAUAUUUGUGUAAAUGGCUUGAGAAAUGUGCUAAAGGGCAUAUUUACCUUACAAACAACAGAACAACACUUUCAAAUACCCAAUACUUAGGUUUCUCUUUCAAUCUUAUCGAACAACGUACUGUACAACUCCCCGACCAAAGAGGCCCGGGGAAAAAAUUGAUCAAAAAUUUUGAUACCAGAGAACAAUGA